AUGGCUAACAGAUUGGCAGAGAUCAAGAUCCUGGAAGGCGAUCGACAAGCGGUCGAAGAGAUCGAGAUUGAUGAAGAAGACAAGUUGUGCAAGGAGAUCGACUAUCGAGGAGAUCGACGAUCGAACAGAUCAGCGAUCGGACAGAUCAGCGAUCGGACAGAUCAGGGAUCGGCCAAGGAGAUCAACGAUCAGCGAAUGGCCAAGGAGAUCGACGAUCAGCGAUCGGCCAAAGAGAUCGACGAGAUCGACGAUCAGCGAUCGGCCAAGGAGAUCGACGAUCGGCGAUCGGUCGAGGAGAUCGACGAUCAGCGAUCGGCCAAGGAGAUCGACGAUCGGCGAUCGGUCGAGGAGAUCAACGAUCAGCGAAUGGCCAAGGAGAUCGACGAUCAGCGAUCGGCCAAAGAGAUCGACGAGAUCGACGGUCAGUGA